AUGCGGGAGAAGACCGAGGCAAAACUCAAGGAGAUACAAAACAUGGAUAUCAUUGAGCCAGUCGAGGGACCGUCAUCUUGGGUCAGGCCGAUUGCUGUCACACCGAAGCAAUCUGGAGAUAUUCGUCUGUGCGUUGAUAUGACGCAAGCUAAUGAGGCCAUUAUUAAAGAGAGACACCCAAUACCUACCAUUGAUGAGAUCCUGAACGAGCUGAAUGGGAGUUAUAGCUUGUGUGAUAAAAAUGCCCUACAUGUGAGCGGCCGAUGUUAUUGGAAGAUAACCGAAUACCUAAAUUUUUUCAAUGCACACAAACGCUGUCAAGCUGAGGGUGGGAUACUGGCCGAGAUUCCGGAUCAAGAGGCACAGACAGAAAUAAUGGUUUUUUUCUACUUGCCACGGGAUAUUUGGAUCGGUGUGAAUGACAUCAAAGAAGAAGGGAAGUUCGUAAACAUGCUAAAUGAAACAGUCAGCUAUACAAAUUGGGAUUGGACUUCGGGUGAACCAAACAAUAAAGACCCUGUGGCUGCUGAUGUUGGUGAUUGUGUAAGAAUUUCACACGGAAGAUGGUUUGACACAGGGUGUUUUAGGACAUUUCAUGCGCUUUGUUCACAAAGACACAACAUCGAGUGUAAGUGUCCCUGUGCAAUAAUGAAGAAUCGGGUCAUUAUCAAAAACGAGGCAGAGUUACUAACGAAGAUUGACAACAUGAAAAAGGAACUCACCGUCAAUAAAUCAUUGUUGUCUAGCUCCAUCCGGAAGAGGACUUCCGCCGUAGAUCCGCGACCGUCCGCCUCCAUCGUCGGCGGUACAAUAAGCGUCGUUAUCAUCGCAACAUUCGUCGGUUUUAUCGCCCUGAGUGAUCUCACUCGGGUGAUUAACUUCUGCUGGAAAACCAUCUUAAAACGUUGGAAUAAUAUAAAAAGAGCGACACAAGAAGAAAAGGUUUAGAAGAAAAAGUGUGCGAGUAAUUUUCAAUGCAGAUAUUAUUUACCUGCAGAUACUUUUUCUAUUAUUGUUCGAAAAAAUUGAGUUCUUUCGGG